AUGACUCUAUUCCGACCUGCAAUCAUACGAACCCAAUUGAUUAUAUUGUUUAUUUUUGUUGUUGCAACCAACAUUGAUUGUCGACCUGGAGGUCGUGGGAAAAUUGUUCGUAUUAGAGUCUCUUCUAGAAAUUUGGUCAAAAACAAAUUUCAUUUAAAAAAUAUGUAUCGACAAUCGCCAAUUCUGCAUCAAUCCCAUAAUCAUAUUUUAAUUCGAGGAGCAACUCGAUCAGCUUCAGCUUUACUAGUUGGUACAUUAGCAUUGCGAUCAUAUGUUUCGAACAAUCACAAGCAAUUCAGUCAAUCGAGACAUACACUGACAAACGGUACUGGAAGUCUUUGCGUAAAUAGAGAAAAUUUUUCUAAUUUUAUCUUCAAUGAAUUUCGUUGUCCAUUAUUGCCUAUUUUUCCACACGAUAAUUAUUAUUGUUGCGGUCCAUCUCAACGUCAAUAUUGUUGUUCCUUCUGGAAAAGUAGUCGAGUGGCUGGUUUUAUCAUUGGUAUUAUGACAGCGUCUAGUCUUUUGAUUGUAUGUAUUUAUUAUUAUCGAUAUCGUUUAACACGAAAAGAAUCACAAGGUGUCAAGUCUUAUUUAAUGUAUCCCAUUCAAACUUCAUUGUAUAGUAAUGGAGAUACAAACCACUAUGUCAACGGCAAAUAA